GUUAUUUGGCAUGGAUAAAUUCUCAGUGGGAGGAUUAAAAUUGACUGAACCGACUCCUGUCUUACUAGGGAGCACUGCCAUUUCAGUUAGUCACAUGGAAGCAGGAAUUUCUCUUGGUGACACAACAAAUCCUCUAGUUAAUAGAUCAAGAAACUCUUCUAUGCCAGAAGAUGAGGAUGAUGAUGUUGUGUUUGUUGAAUCUAUACAACCUCCUUCAACUUCUGCUCCAACAGUAACUGAUCAAAGAAAUAUAUCAAGACAUGAAAAACUCCAAGGGAAUGAUUCUCUAACUCUUCCUUCCUCAAGAGAUUUGGCUUCUCAGAAGGGAAGUGUAAGUGAGACGAUAAUUAUUGAUGAUGAAGAGGACAUAGAAACAAAUGGAGGAAAUAAAAAAAAUUCAUUCAGUUGUCUUGAAUGGGGGCUUCCUGGAACUAAGAACAGAACCAAUGAUUUCUCCACUACCAGUCUUUCAAGAAGUAAGACCAAGAAUGCUGUAGGACCUUUUAAUCCUGGUAGGAUGAGUGUGGCAGGAGGUGAAUUCCAGAAAGGAGGAUUGGCAGCUCACCAUAGUCCUGAUUCUUGGAUCUCCCAGUCAGCAUCAUUUCCACGUAAUCAGAAACAACCUGGAGUGAAUUCCUUAUCUGCAGUGGCCUCAUUUCCUAAACAGGUUGUCCAGACUUCAGUCAAGCAGCACCUUACUAAACCAGCUAGAAUCACCUGUGCACACUGCAAAAACCCUUUGCAAAAGGGGCAAACAGCUUAUCAACGAAAAGGAUCAGCUCACCUCUUUUGCUCCACCACCUGCCUUUCAUCCUUCUCUCGUAAACGUACUCCAAAGAAACGCAAUGUGACGUGUAAAAAAGAUGCACCUAUUAAAAAGGCUGCUGUUGUUCCUCAGGUGGAAUCGAGUGAAUCUUUCCAAACAUUUGCUAGUAAAUCUUGUGUAUCUCUGUAUGAAGACAAUCAAAAUCUUAGAAAAAGACUACUGGCUAAAUCAAGAUGUAUAAUCUGCGGUCAACUAACAGAGAUUCGCCAUGAGGUCAGUGUUAAUAACGUGACACACAAGCUGUGCAGUAACCAGUGCUUUAUUAAGUACAGGUUGGCCAAUGGUUUGGUCAUGAAUUGCUGUGAGCAGUGUGGCGAGUACUUGUCCAGUAAAAGUUAUGGAAGCAACAUUCUGAUUAUUGAAGGUCAGCAGACGAGAUUUUGCUGCCAAAGUUGUGUUAACAAAUAUCAGCAGAUGGAAGCCAUAUCACAGCAAUUGCCAACACCAGAAGAGCGAAAAAGGAAUGCUGCUCAAGAAGAAAGUGAAAGAAAACUGAAUUCUUGCUUAGGAAGAAUUGAUGGAAUACAAGAAAAAAGGGAAAAGAUGCCUGAGCUGCAGGACUCAGCAAGCGGUAGUGCAGCUGUCUCACAGAGCUUACAGGACAUGAACUUACCUUUGUCUGUGUCAGCCUUACCUGAUAAACUUCAGGAGCAACUGACAGAAGACUCUGUUUUACCCAUUGUGCUCUCUACAGACCCAGGUACAUGGCCCCGACUUCUGAACAUUAAGCAACGGGACAUUCUUGUUGAAAAUGAACCACAUCAAGUAAGAGAUUUUAACUUUCCAAAAGACAAUACAGGAAGAAAGUUUUCAGAAGCUUACUAUACACGAAUGCUUCCAAAUGGUGAAAAAACCACUAGGUCCUGGUUACUUUAUUCAGUUUCAAAAGAUUCUGUAUUUUGUCUCUAUUGCAAACUCUUUGGGGAAGGGAAAAACCAACUUAAGAAUGAGAAUGGGUGUAAAGAUUGGCAGCAUUUAUCACAUAUUCUCAGUAAGCACGAAGAAAGUGAAAUGCAUAUCAACAAUAGUGUUAAGUAUUCAAAACUGAAAUCUGACUUGAAAAACAGUAAAACUGUUGAAGCUGCAGAACACAGAUUACUUGUGAAUGAGAGGAGUGAUAGUGUUGUGCUAUUACAUUCACAGUUUACCUGAGCUUUCCAUGACAGAGCUUUGUGUUUUCUUGGAAAAGCUAUGUACCUGGGUAGUACCAUUUGGUUUUGAGACUCUAUUCAGAGUAGCUUGCAAAUAUUUAUUGCAAUAAUUACAGUAGCGAAUAAGGAGUAAAGCAUAUUUAUGUUCCAAAUUCCAAGCUAACUGGAGUCAGUAAGCACUAAUGCUGAUUUCACCAAAGGCAACUGUUAAUUUUCAAUUCCCACCAUUUAAAUUGAUGUUUGAAGACUGGCAAGUUUGGUUAAUUUUCUAUAUUAAUUACUUUGAAAGAAGGGGAGAGAUGUGAAAUUUAUCAACACCAGUUUAAGCACUAUACUUAAGUGAACCAGUGUUCUCAAUAUGAUAAAAACACUCAGAAACUUUCUAAGAACAUAACGAUAUCUGAAACUACAUACAGCUUUUUGCUAUCAAACCAAAUAUUUGAUUUCGGUUGAGAAAAAUAGUAUUAUUUGUUAAAUUAAAACAAAAGCCAUUUUCAUUUGUGUUAUAUUUUAAUUUGUGUUGUGCUUUAAUUUAAUUUGUAAAUGUUUUGGCUUUAUUAUGCAAUAUCUAUAAUAAAGAGUAUUUUUAUGUUAUAAAUAAAAGAAUUAUUAAAAUGUAUUAAUUUUUGAGGGUAA